AUGAAAGAUCUACUCCAAUUUCUCAGCAUUCUGGCCGCAACAUCCCCGCCCGUUACUGCGGUGGUAGUAUCCUUGCAACAGGCCUUGCUCACGCAGACAAACCGCGACUGUAACGGUACUGUCAUCGGCAGCCCGCUGACAAAAACCUUCGGCUUUGUUGAAAUUGCUCACUCUGGGCCAUCUGAAAUUAUCGCAGUUCCUGUCCUGAUAGGGGCAGCGCCAAAUACAGCUUACAAUGUGCGCGUAAUUCAGAUCAAGGAUGGACAAGCCGUGGAUUGUGGAUCCUGUACAUCAGGGGGUGGGACGUUGACAACGAACAAUCUAGGCGUCGGGAGCGCAUAUAUCCAACAGGCUGUGAGCCCUGGAGCCACGGCGGCCUGGGUUGAUUUGAAUGAAAAAGAUCAAUGUACAAAUUAUUACAACAUUGCCCCCCUGCCAAUUGUUUAA